AGAAGGAGAAGAAGGAGAAGAAGUCAGAGGAAGUUGCCGAGAAGGUAGAGGAACCUGUUGCCGCUGAGCCCAAGAAGGCUUACGUCAACAAGAAUGUGGAUAUUCUUGCUUCUUACAAGUAUAAGCAAGACGAUGAUCUUUCCGCUCUUCCUCAAAGUACUAUCGACGACUUUUAUAAGAAGCAUACUAUCGAUGUACAAGGUGACCUUAAGCUUCGUCCUAUUCUUGAAUUCCGUUAUGCCGGUCUUCCUAACAACAUGUUGGAAGUUGUCAAGAACUUUGCCAACCCCACCCCUAUUCAAGCCGCUACCUGGCCCAUUACCCUCUCCGGUCGUGAUAUUGUUGGUAUUGCUGAGACUGGUUCCGGUAAGACUCUUGCUUUCACCAUUCCUGGUUUAGUUCAUAUUGCUGCCAAGUUGAAGCGUGGUAAGACUAGCGGAAAGCCCACUAUGUUGGUUGUUUCCCCUACCCGUGAAUUAGCCAUGCAAAGUGCUGAACAAGCUGAGGCCGCUGGUAAGGCUGUCGGUGUCACCUCCGUCUGUGUUUAUGGUGGUGUUGAUAAGCAACCCCAACGUAAGGCUUUCCAAAGAGGUGUUGAUAUCGUUGUUGCUACUCCUGGUCGUUUAAUCGAUCUUAUUAACGAAGGAUCUUGUGAUUUGACCGAAGUUUCCUUCAUGGUUUUGGAUGAAGCCGAUCGUAUGUUGGAUGAUGGUUUCGAGAAUGAUAUUCGUGCUAUCAUGGGCUAUACUCCCAAGGAUCGUCAAACUCUCAUGUUCUCUGCUACUUGGCCCGAGAGUGUUCGUAAGCUUGCUAGUGAUUUCUUGAACAACCCCAUGCGUGUUACUAUCGGUUCUCCCGAUCUCUCCGCUUCUCAAAAUGUUCAACAAAUUGUCCAAGUUAUCGAAAACCCCAGAGACAAGGAGCGUAUUCUUGUUGAUUUAUUAAAGAAGGUUCACAAGUCUCGUACUAACCGUGUCUUGGUCUUCUGUCUCUAUAAGAAAGAAGCUAUCCGUAUUGAAAGAUCUUUGGAAUACCAUGGUUUCAAGGUUGUUGGUAUCCACGGUGAUAAAAAUCAACAACAACGUACCGAAGCUUUAAGCUGUUUCAAGGAUGGUUCAUAUCCUUUGAUGGUUGCCACCGAUGUUGCUGCUCGUGGUCUUGAUAUCCCUGAUGUUGAAUUUGUCAUCAACCUUACUUUCCCUCUUACUAUUGAGGCUUAUGUCCAUCGUAUCGGUCGUACUGGUCGUGGUGGUAAGAAGGGUGUCGCUUAUACUUUCUUCACACCUGAGGAUAAGGCUCAUUCUGGUGAGUUGAUCAACGUUUUGAAGCAAGCCAAGAUGGAUGUUCCCGAUGAGUUGAUGGCUUUCGGUACUACCGUUAAGAAGAAGACACAUAGUGCUUAUGGUGCCUUCUACAAGGAUACCGGUGGAGAACCUAAGAAGGCCACCAAGAUUGUUUUCGAUUAAAAAAACAAUCAUUUUUUUACACCUUUUAUACUUUAUAGAUUUUCUUGUUCUAUUAAUCCCCUUUUGUAUCUUUUUUCAACCACAUUUUAUUUUCCCAUAUCUAUCUGCAUGUUUUAAUAAAAAAAACUUUCGUAUUAUACUUGAUAAACAUAAAAAAAAA